CUUUGGUGUGUUGUAUGCUGCCGAUGAGUGAUAGCCGUUGUUUCAGUCUCCUGGUGAUGGUGGAAGGGAAAUUCGGAUUUCUUUGCCCCCGAAUGUGCAGCGGUAGGAGUGUACGCUGAGGGAGAGAGGGGUUGAAGAAGAAGAAAAGAUGGUGAAGAAGAAGGUGGAGGCGGCAGAGAGCAAGCCCUCCAGGUAGAGGUGGCAAUUGGAUAGUGGAUUGGAUUGGUGGAUCCAUGGAUCAAAUGGAUUGGUGGAUUCAUGGAUUGAAUCAAAUGGAUUGGGCAGUACCGUGGAGUGGAAAGCUGAGUGAUCGAAACACUGAAUCAUCGUUGUCGGCGUGCUGAUUCUGGUGAUCAUUGUCAAACGCCAUUGUGCUCUUCCGGUGGACGACUCUCGCUCUCUAUUUGGUCUCUUCCCUAAUUAAUGACCAACCCUUUCCCUCCUCAUUUUCAUUUCCACGAAACCCCAAUAAGAAUCCAACGGAAGACUAAGACCCACUCAACUUACUACUCCCAUAAGAGACGCAACAACCAUGGGGAGCGACGGAUCGCCGACUGCAGGCAAUUCUCAGGCCCUUCCCCUCCUCAACCUCAACGCUGCCUGUCCUAAUCAUGAGCCUAAUUCGCACCAUCCGCCGAUAUCUGGGCGGAAUAUUGAAUUCUCUUCGCGCCGAGGGUGGUGUCAGUUUCGGCAUAGCUUUUGAAACUUCCGUUCUCGUCUUUGGCCUCCGUACGCUUCAAGUGGCUACCGAUUCCUUCUCCAAGUUGAAUAAGAUAGGCGAGGGAGGCUUUGGUUCCGUCUACAAGGGGGUAUUGCCUAAUGGCCAAGUGAAAAAGCUCUCAUCAUAUUCAACACAGGGAGUAAGACAAUUCACUAAUGAAGUGGAACUGCUGUCUGAAAUCCGACACAUGAAUUUAGUUAUAUUGCUGGGUUGCUGUGCAAAAGGACCUGAGAGGAUGCUUGUCUACGAGUAUCUCCCCAACAAAAGCCUUGACUGCUUCCUCUUUGAUAAAAAACAGUCUUCCUGCCUGAUUUGGGAAACAAGAUUCCGUAUAGCGACAGGGGUGGCGAGGGGGCUUCUUUAUCUCCAUGAAGAAGCUCCCAUGAGAAUCCUUCACGGAGACAUCAAAGCCAGCAAUAUCUUGCUGGAUGAAAAGCUGAGUCCAAAGAUAACGGAUUUUGGCCUUGCGUGGAUGUUCCCCGAGGAAGACACACAUGUAAACACAUCUACCAUAUCUGGUACCCUUGGCUACAUGGCCCCAGAGUACUCGAUGUAUGGAGAUCUUUCUGUCAAGAUCGACGUCUUCAGUUAUGGCAUUCUCCUUCUAGAAAUUAUAAGUGGGAGAAAGAGUAUUGAUUUUAGUUUCGGUCCAGGCCGAUAUGAUCUCUUGCAUUCAGCAUGGACGCUCUAUCAAGAGGGAAAGAUGUCGGAAUUAGCUGACCCGAGCCUUGGCAACUCGUAUAACACCCAUGAAGUGGAGAUGUGCAUUCAGAUAGCGCUCUUGUGCUGUCAAAAAUCUCCUGACAAUUGGCCUGACAUGAACUCAAUCCAUGUCAUGCUUUUGAGCAACUUGUUUGCUUUGCCAGCACCAGGCCAACCUUGUCUGCUGGUCCGAACAAGAAUCUGGACAUCUACCACCACCAGUUGCUCCACUUCUCUGGUUACUAACCUGAGCACGGCGGAACAAUAUUCCCAAAACUCCAUAUCUGUUUCCUCCACUGAUGAAGGUAGAUAAAUGAAUGUUUAUGAUUCUACAUGUGUAUAUAUGUAAAGUAUGGUUCAAUUGUUUUUUUACUGUGCUGAUACUUAUUAUGCCGGGUGACCCCUUUUUCUCUAAUAGUCAUCACAAGGCCCCCAGUUUAAUUCAUUUAAUGUUGAGUGUUCUUGUCCUUGUCGUUAGCUUGUUAAGAACAAAACGUGAUCAUCGACUCAGUGAGCACUAAUCGUCUUGAUUAAUUGAUCAUGCUGAAGCGACUUGCAAAACUUUGAAAUUAUGGAUUAGUGAUCUUUGAGUAAAUGGUAUCCAUUUCU